AUGAAAUACGCACAGUAUGUUUUCCUGGCAUUGCUCUUCUCCACUGUCGAAUAUAGCCUAGCUCAGACCUGUACAGUGGAGUCUUUCUCUGUGAAAGACAAUUUUGAUCCAAAGAGGUAUGCAGGGAAAUGGUAUGCCCUAGCCAAGAAGGAUCCAGAAGGUCUUUUCCUUCAGGACAAUAUCUCCGCUGAAUACACUGUUGAGGAAGAUGGCACAAUGACAGCAUCUUCCAAAGGCCGAGUGAAGCUUUUUGGGUUCUGGGUAAUUUGUGCUGAUAUGGCUGCUCAGUACACGGUACCUGACCCAACCACUCCAGCAAAAAUGUACAUGACAUACCAGGGCCUGGCUAGCUACCUGUCCAGUGGUGGGGACAACUACUGGGUGAUUGACACAGACUAUGACAACUAUGCUAUUACCUAUGCCUGCCGCAGUCUGAAAGAGGAUGGCUCCUGUUAUGAUGGCUACUCCCUGAUCUUCUCACGCAACCCUCAUGGCCUUCCCCCAGCCAUUCAGCGCAUUGUCCGUCAGAAGCAGGAGGAAAUCUGCAUGUCUGGCCAGUUUCAGUCUGUGCUGCAGUCAGGUACUUUGAGUUACUUAACAAAUACAUUGGAGUGAUUGUAUUGGCAGCUUGUAGGACCAGGCAAUUGUACCUGCUGUAAAUGCAACAGAGCCAUUGCAAACUAACUUUUACUCUUUUAGAAACAUUUUUUGUAAUGUCAUAUUUAAUAAGAAAGUGGCUGCAAAGCAAAGUCUGUGGAAGGGAGAGUGAGCCAGAUUUAGGGUGGUUCUGCAACCUUUAUUUUCCCCUUAUAGCAGUCCUGUGCUCUGAGGCUGGCACUCUACGAAAGGAAGAACAUCUUUCUUAUCCCAAAAGAAUCACAGAAUAAUUUAGGUGGGAAGGGACCUCUGGAGGUUUCUGGUCUAGCCCCCUGCUCAAAGCAAGGCCAACUUAGAGCAGGUUGCUCAGGGCCUUGUCCAGUUGAGGUUUAAAUAUCUCAGUGGAUGGAGAUUCCACCUCUCUGGGCCCCUAUUCCAGGUUUGACCACACUCACGGUGAAAAAGAGUUUUCCUUAUAUCAAGUCAAAAUUUCCCAUGUUGCAAGCUGUGUCCGUUGGCCCUCAUCCUAUAACUGUGCAAAUCUGAGAAGUCUGGCUUCAUCUUCUCUACAUCCUCCCAUUAGGUAUUUGAAAACAGCAAUAAGACCACCUGCACCCCCUCCCCCCAUCCUUAGCCUUCUCUUCUUAAGGUUGAACAAAUCCAGUUCUGUCAGGUUCUCCUCAUGAGAUACACACAAAGGCCUGGACAGGUAUAAGAUGGUUUUUCUGAACUUGGAAAUGUCCGGCAUGACCACCUGGAUAACAUUGCAUUACCUUAACUCUGCGCACUGUUCCCUACAGGAAAAGCCAGCUUCAGUGUAGAACAAACUCAUCUUUCUUAGCUGUCAGCAUGAUUUGAGCCUUAGACUUCCUGUGUAACAGAGACUGCAGAGACUGAGAGACUUUGAGCAGCAGUUCUGCCUGUGUCUGCUGGCAGUGGGAGUGAGCUGUUGCUCCACAUAAGUGCAAAUAGAUCAACAGAUCAUUUUGUUGGGUCUCACAGCUGUUUUGAGAGGACCUUUGACUGGAGCUAUGGAAGCUUAUCUUCCAGCUCAUCUGGUGUCCCUGAGAUGAGGAUAUAAGUUUCUAGUGUUACACUGGAGGCAAGAACUCCACUUUUUUGGUAGCAUGAUCCCAGCUUGGCUCCCACACCCUCCACAUGCACACCACCUUCGCUGGAGAUGAGCUCUUAACUAAAGCAGGUUUGAGGACCUAGACUGGGGAAUUCCCUCAGUAGCACGUGUUAGGGCCUAGUUGGACAGGAAGUAGCUGCUAAAAACCUCUGAAUGGCAUGUCAUCGUGUGAGCCAGCCCUCAGCUACAGAGCACAUAUGGACAUCCUGUAAGGUCAUAGAGCUGGUAGAGGGAUCCCUGCCCUUUGCCCUCUGUAUUGCUUCCUGUAGCAGAGAGAGAGUAACUGGUUUGUGGGCUGAGUGCCUAGGUGUUAGAGUAAGCUAAAAACCCUUUGUGAUUGGUGAAGGCUGACAGAACUAAAACCUGCCCAACAGGCACAGAACAAUAUAAACAGUCUCCUUGACUUACUCUUGUACUGUGGUUCAGGAGUACCCUGGGAUGGCUGUAGCUGCAGUUUCACUGAGGACCAAAAAUAUUGUUAAAGCACUGGGUUGGCUUUGCAAAUUUACUUUUUGCAAAAGUUGGCUUUUGCAUGGGCUAAAGUUUACUUUCUCUUUCUUUACAGGGGCCUGCUAAAAUACACUUCUGAUUCUAACUUUAAGCACUGAAACCAGGCCUCUUGGUCUUGAAGUUGUCAUUCACUUUAAAUAAAAAGAAAAUCAUAGUUUAAAGUAGUGUUUUCUUCCUGAAAAACAUGAAAAUGUCAUGUUUUUGUAACUUGCAUGCAAUACAAUAUUGAUAUCUGAAUUUUCCAGGGAAUACUUAAUGUGGUAUUUGUCAAUAAAUGAUUAACAAAAAUCAGCAUUUGUAUCUUAAUUCCGAAGUUAUAAAACCCUCUUGAACAAUGACUCUGAGCUGAGAUUGACAAUGUGCUCCUCGCUGCUUGAUAAUAUCUUACUAUGCUAUAUUUCAGGUACAUGUUAAUGUCCAAAGAUCUGCAUU